CCUGGGUUGGUAAAUCCUGUCUUCUUCUCUUCCUCCCUCCGGAAACGUGAGUGGCAACUCGAAAGUUCCGAGUCCAGUCAAGCGACCUUGCCUCAUAAGGAGGGACUGAGGCACUUGUAUAUGCUACCUGGUUCCAGGUGUCCACAAAAUAUGAGGGGAUACCCUUCCCUUCUGCUGCUCUACAUAGGACUGAACAACUGCCUGGAUAUUUCAGCCAGUGGGGAGCAAGACCAAGGCCCAGAAGUCUUCCUGGGCACCCCAGAGGCCCAGAGCUUCCUGGGCAGUCACAGGCGGAUUCCCCGAGCCAAUCACUGGGACCUGGAGUUGCUGACGCCUGGGAACCUGGAGCGGGAGUGUCAUGAGGAGAGGUGUUCCUGGGAAGAAGCCAGGGAGUUCUAUGAGGACAAUACAAUGACGGAGCGCUUUUGGGAGAGCUACAUCUACAAUGGCAAAGGAGGACGCGGAAGAGUUGAUGUAGCUGGCCUUGCAGUGGGACUCACUUCCGGCAUCCUGCUCAUCGUGUUGGCUGGCCUGGGAGCCUUUUGGUAUCUGCAUCACCGAAGGGGCCGGGGCCGAAGCCAGCACUCCAGUCCUCAAGAGACCGUGCUCAGCAGCCCUCUUAGCCCUCCGACGCCCCUGACUCCACCCCAACCCCCAGGUCUCCCCACCUACGAGCAGGCGCUAGAGGCCUCAGGGGUACACGAUGCACCUCCACCUCCCUACUCCAGCCUCAGAAGGCCUCACUGAAGACCUGUGCCCGAUCCUCUCCUCCCCGAGCCGUGCCCCUGAUUCACACCGAAUUCCGGAAGCCCCCCGGCCUCUCAGACUCCGGAGCUAAGCUUGCCCGUGGGGGGAGAGUAGGGGUCGUCCGACCCGCGGCCUACCGUGACACACGUGUUUCCGCCGCGUACGGAUACACGCAUGACCCCCCAGCCAACGUGUGGCGGAGUCCGGUCCCUGCCCCUUGCGCGCCCCCUACGCUCUCCUGACUGAAGGGGGCGACCGGCCAGUCCCGCCCUCGGUGUAGGCAUGCGCGUGUGAAAACUUGGACCCAGGAGUGCAGGCCGGGUGUGUAACCAGAUGUGACUCGACCGUCGUCCACGGGGCACGUACACGCAGAGACCCUCGCCCGGGCACACGCGUGUCUCCAUGUAUUCCCUGUGCGCUCAGAGGCGCAUCGUAACCCAGAGAAAGGGUGGGGGGCACAUUUGCAAGCGCGCUCGGUUGG